CGGAAGUAAAUAUCAUGUGACGACGCCAAUCAGCUGAUCCUCCGUAGACAUCUUUACGAGUCACGACUGCAGCGAUUUAAUUCAUACCUCCUCGUCUGUGAUUUUUGGGCCUGCACGGACCUCUGACAGCUGCAGCCAUGGCGCUUAGCGAUGCCGACGUUCAGAAGCAGAUCAAGCACAUGAUGGCCUUCAUUGAACAGGAGGCCAACGAGAAGGCAGAGGAAAUUGAUGCAAAGGCAGAAGAGGAGUUCAACAUUGAGAAGGGCCGUCUGGUCCAAACCCAGAGGCUGAAGAUCAUGGAGUACUACGAGAAGAAGGAGAAGCAGAUCGAGCAGCAGAAGAAAAUUCAGAUGUCAAACCUGAUGAACCAGGCUCGCCUGAAGGUGCUGAAGGCCCGGGACGAUAUGAUCUCGGAAAUGCUGAACGAGGCCCGCCAACGGCUCGGGAACAUCGCAAAAGACCCAGCCAGGUAUCCAGCUCUGAUGGACGGCUUGAUCCUACAGGGAUUGUAUCAGCUCCUGGAGCCCAAAGUGACGAUUCGCUGCCGUAAACAGGACGUGCAGAUGGUACAGGCUUCCAUCCAGAGGAAUAUUCCUAUUUAUAAAUCCGCUGUGAAGAUCAACAUCGAGGUCCGCAUCGACCAGGACAACUUCAUCCCCCCCGACGUGUAAGCAUCACAUUUCAUCA